GGUGAAGGCGGAGCAGACGACACCACGAGGGUUGCGAGCAUGGCGUCCCCCGACCGAGACGUGCGCGGCAGUCACCGCGGCUACCACGCCAUGAACCUGGACGAUCCGCCAAACAGCCGCCUCUUCCUCGUCGUGAGCAAGACGACGUCCGAGGCCGACAUCCGCGAGAAGUUCAGCCGCUUCGGCGAGCUGCAGGACCUGUGGAUCGUCAAAGACAAACACACCAAGGAGCACAAAGGCAUCGCCUUCAUUAAGUACGCGCGCGCCUCCGAGGCGUGCCGUGCCAUGGAGGAGAUGAACGGGCAGCCGCUCAGCGGGGACGGGAAGCCCAUCAAGGCCAUGGUGGCUCAGUCCCGUGCCUCAAAUAACCACAGGGACUUGGAGGAUGAAGACCUCACACGCAUUUUCCUCAUGAUCCCGAAGACCUACGCUGAGGAAGACCUCCGUGAAAAUUUUCAGGAAUAUGGAGACAUUGAAUACUGCAGUAUACUGAAAGAUAAAAACACCAAGGACAGCAAAGGAUUUGGAUACGUUCGCUUUCUGAAGCCCUCACAGGCUGCCUUGGCUAUAGAAAACUGUGACAAAAGAUUCAAAGCCAUUCUGGCAGAUCCGAAGAAUAGGUCUUCUCAAAGUCAGCACUCCCAUAUGGAGCAUGCUCAUGGUGGUUACCCACCGUAUGGGGGCAGGGAAGGGUAUAGCGACAUGCCACGCAUGCAAGGCUCUUUUCCUCCAUCUGCCCAUGCUAUGUCAGGGGACUUCACUCACCAGAGGAAUGCCACCGUUCCCCCUGCACAGACGCCGGAUCCUGCCAUCUCACGCUGCCUAUCGGUGGCAGUGGCAGUGGGUGUCACAAAGGAGCAGAUGUUAUCUCUGUUUGGUAUCAUUCCUGGGUUGGAGUACUGUGAUGUCCAGAGGGACCCAUACACUGGCUACAGAUUUGCAUAUCUGAAAUACAAUAACCCAGCCUCGGCCAUCUAUGCCCGGGAGAAGCUGAACCGGUUUGAAUAUCCACCAGGCUUUCAGCUCACUGUCAACUUUAUUGAGGAUGCAGAGGCUGCUGCCAGUGGGAGCAAUCCGCUGGGGAUGAUGGCUUUGCAGUUGGUGACUGCUCAAAUGAUGGCAACUGUGGCUUCAAAUUAUGGAAAUAUGGCUCAAGGGGUGCCACAGCAGGCCUUCAAUACCCCUAAAAUGGGUAUGGCUACGACCCCUACAGCCGAGCCACAAUAUCUGAACUUUAAGCUGCCGCCACGCCAACCACUCGCUUCACAAGACAGUGAGAUGAAGGAGAGGCUCUUCUUGGUUUUCUCUGGCAUGCCACCUUCCCAGGAAGCCCUCACCGAUGUCUUUUGUCGUUACGGGAACUUGAUUGAGGUGUACGUCUUGCCACAAAAGAACUACGGCUACGCGAAGUUUGCGGAUGGAGAUUGUGCUAAGGAUGCCAUGGAUUCGCUUCACGGCCAAGAGGUGUGUGGAGUGAAGAUGAAGGUGUUGCCAGCCGACCCACCCAAGGAUGAGGCACGCAAGCGGCAACGCACAAACUAGCACCACGGCAAGUGGACUGUUGACUCGUGACGUCCGCUGACCAUGUGACGAGUCGCACGACCCGACCAUGACGACUGGCCGGCCACGGGACAAUAGCUUCAGACCUUGUGACCAUUACCUUGGGGAGCGACUGAAACCUAACAAUAAUGACAAUAACUGAUCUUUCAAAUCCAGACCAUUCUGUCUGACAAUAUUUAGUACGUUAGUUAUUUGGUCUAAGGCUGUUUGCCACAUUACGUGUAUUUUUUUUUGUCCACAUUUAGUAAUUGCAUCUAAAUUCCAAGGUGAAAUUGUAUGCAAAUGUUCUUGGCAUUUUUUAUCAUGUUAGAUUUCCUGAUUGCAAGUGAAAAAUAAAAAUGUUUGUCCAUAA